ACAGGGGAACGCAGACACAAAAAAUGCGCACAAUUGAAAAUAAAAAGUUUAUGAAAAAUUCUGAAAUUUACAAAGCUAAGAAUCAGUGGAAAUGUCAGGGUUUACUUACAGAGAAAUCAGUGGCGACUUGUUCACUUGCAAGAGUGACUAUUCCAUGUGCCAUUGUGUGGCUGCCGACUUGCGAAUGGGCAAGGGAAUAGCUGUAAAGUUUCGCAACAAAUUUGGGCAGUUGCUUAACUUACAAAAGCAGAAUGUUCAACCAGGAGGCGUGGCCAUACUUCAGGAUCAGGAUCGUUUUAUUUACUAUCUGGUAACCAAGAAAACCAGCUGGGGAAAGCCCACCUACCAACUCCUCCAUAGUUCCUUGAUUGCCAUGCGACAGCAUAUGAUUUCCCACCAGGUCCCAAAGUUGGCCAUGCCGCGCAUAGGAUGCGGUUUGGAUGGGCUAAAAUGGCCCAAAGUUAAGGAAAUAAUCUGCCAGGUUUUUCAAUCGGAUGUUGUGGAACUUGUUGUUUAUAAUUAUGUAGCUCAAAAGUAAAUGGCACAAAUUAAACUGAAAAAUUCCAUUAUUUGCUUUGAGGCGGCACAAAGUUGUACACUACGAUCUCCAGUGGUUCCUGGCCAAAAACGUACUCAAGAACUCCGCUGACCUUUUCCCACUCCAAGCCAUCAAUGCCGCAUCCAAUUUUCGGAAUCGCCAGCUUAUCCACAUUGUUUUUGCGCUAUGAAAUGAGAAAUUUGAGCGAUAAGUGGAUAAUAUACAUAUCCUGUAAUAUUUAUGAAUAUAUUGAUCUAUUUUAACUUGUUAAA